GAAAUCAUUCUGUGUGAUUACUGAGUGACUACAGCGUCUGAGUGAUUAUAUGAUGACUUAAAUAAUGAUAUGAAGGAUCAAAGUCAAUACUACCUGAUGAUAACUAUCAUAUGACUUUAGUUUGACACCUUAAAAGUUAGGUUGAAUUUUACUUCAUAUGGUUUUGCACCAUGUAUGAAUAAGCUUAAAAAUAUUCAUAGGAGAGAAAAUUAAAUAAACAGCACAUAAUAAUGUUCAAUUAUGUGGAAGAUAAGUUGAGGGAUGUUUUAAAGGUUAGGGAUAAUGCGUUCGCAAACAACAAAAAGCACGCAAUCAACAAAAAGAAUGGUCGUGAUGGAACGAAUGGUCAUUAUGGCCAUGACUUGGACUGGCGCAGUUCGUGGUGGGAGUCCUUUGAGGAGACGCCAUUGUAUGCGGCUGUGUGGACUUACCUCGGGUAUGGGCUGCUAGUGCUUGUCGGCCAUAUACGAGACUUCAUGAGAAACAUCGGAAUUGAGAGUCAGAAGUCCUGCACAGAACCCAAGCUGCCUGGUUUUGUUCCUCUCUACCAAAGCUGGGAGAGUUUUUACACUCGUAAUUUGUACAGACGCAUCCGCGACUGCUGGAACAGGCCAAUAUGCAGCGUGGCAGGAGAAUACAUGGACGUCAUGGAGAGGAAAACCUACGACAACGGAUGGAAUUUCGAAUUGACAGAUAAGAGUCAGAGGGUGAUGAACUUUGGCUCCUAUAAUUACCUGGGAUUUUCUGAAAACAAGGGACCUUGCAAAGACGCCGUGGAAAUUGUAACAAGUCAAUAUGGCAUCACAUCUGGAGGCAGCAGACAGGAACUUGGUUAUCUGGACAUCCACAAAGAACUAGAUGAUCUAGUAGCCCAGUACCUUGGUGUUGAGGCAGCCAUGACAGUGCCGAUGGGCUUCGCCACAAACUCCAUGAACAUGCCAUGCCUUGUUUCAAAAGGUUGCUUAAUAUUCAGUGAUGAGCUAAACCACGCCUCGUUAGUGUUGGGGUCACGCUUAACUGGAGCAACUAUUAAAACAUACAAACAUAAUGAUAUGGAGGAUUUAGAAAAGAAGCUGAAGCAAGCUGUGGUACAUGGGCAGCCAAGGACCCACAGGCCGUGGAAGAAAAUACUGAUUGUUGUAGAGGGAGUGUGGAGCAUGGAAGGCUCGGUGGUGUGUUUGCCCGAGGUGUUGAGACUCAAGAAGAAAUACAAGGCGUACAUUUACCUCGAUGAGGCUCACAGCAUAGGGGCCAUGGGCCCUCGGGGCAGGGGUGUGGUCGACUACUUUGGGAUCGACCCUCGGGACAUUGAUAUCAUGAUGGGCACUUUUACCAAAAGCUUCGGCUCUGCUGGAGGCUAUAUUGGUGGCACAAGGAAACUGAUCAACCACCUGCGCUGCAAUUCCCACGCGGCUGUCUACAGUCCAUCUAUGCCUCCUCCAGUGGCCCAGCAAAUCAUCUCAAGCAUGAAGAUCAUCAUGGGGAAGGACGGCACUGGCGAAGGACAAAGAAGAAUCUCUCAGCUGCGGGAUAAUGUUCGAUACUUUAGACGGCGACUGCACGAAAUGGGGUUCAUUAUUUACGGGAACAAAGAUUCCCCUGUUGUGCCUUUGCUUCUUUUUAUGCCGGCUAAGAUUGCGUGCUUUAGUCGCGAGUGCUUGAAGAGAGGCCUGGGAACAGUCGUAGUGGGUUUUCCCGCAACGCCUAUCAUCGAGUCUCGGGCUCGGUUCUGUCUCUCCGCUGCACACACCCGGGAAAUGGUUGACAAGGCCCUAGACAUCAUUGAUGAAGUUGGCACGUUGUUGAAGCUGAAGUACUCUCGUAUGGAGGUGCCCCAGUGGUGUGAAGAUGACAAGAAUGCCAAUGUCCCCAUUCACUAACAGUCCAACUCCAUGGCAGAUUUUUUACCAUGUUGAGCGAGUGUUAUGGGAAGGAAGUACUUCGCUGGCCAACGUCCUUUGGUAUUAGAGAAACUAAGGAAGUAAACAUUGACCAAAACAUCCUGUAAAGUUCAGGCUCUUCCAGAAAUAAACAUUGUGAUGUUCAACAUUUAGAAUCAUCCUUUCCUAGCAGAUUGAAAUUUUAAUAUAAGGUGGGAAUAGGAUGGGGGGGGGGGAUUUCUGUAAAACGGGUAAUUUAAAGGAUAUAAGUAACAUUGAAUUCAUGUAUUCAUCAAGGAGAUUUUUGUAAUUAAGUUGUUUGAUAGAAGUGGAUCUUUUUUUCUGAAUACUAAAUAUAUCUUUGAAAAAUAAUUAUCGACGAACAAUACCUAUUCACAAUUAUUUAAAAGGAUUAACAGCCUGAAAUUGUAUUUGUAAUUGUUUGACAUUUUUGUCACAUAAAUUAGUAUGCAAACUGUUAAGGAUAUUACUCUAUUGGAAAAUAUAUGUAUUUAUAAAUGUGUAGAUAAGCUAUAGUGACACUGUUUGUGACAUUCGUCUGUGUUGUACCUGAUCACCUGAUUUUCCCAUAUCAUGGGCAGUGCAGAUGAACUUAAUUUAUUCACAAAAUAUUGAAUGUAUGAUACUUAAUAUGUACUUUUGUCAUUAAAAUUAGGACCAAUGCAUUCUUAGAUUUAUUGCUCAAUUAAUGAAUUUCCUUGCCCAUCUUUGUAAAAAAUCGAACUCACCCAUAUUUGUUAAGGAUUUUUUAUUAUCUUAUUAUUUCCUUUUCAUCUAAAAAAUCUGUGACUAAUUCAUCUUUUAAAGCAGAAUGGAGUGCUUAACAUCUUUUCUGUCGAAGUUGACCACACUAUUAUUUGGACCUUGCUCUGAGGAAAUGGGGCUUAAUGCAUGUGCGUACAUUUCCUUCAAUCACUGGAUUUUCGUUAGAAGCAACUUCUUUUGAACAAAAAAUAAUGUUGAAGCAGAAAGUGUUUUCCCAGAUUAGCCUGUGCAAAUAGUACAGGCUUAUCUGUUAAAACACUUUACAGAUGCAAUAAGCCCUGUUUUCCCAGAGAGCAUCUUACAUCUUUAUUGCAUAAUUCUGCAGGUCAGGUCAUGCAUAGUUCUUAAAAUAAAUCAAAACGAGUUUUUUUUCAAGCACAUGUAAUUCCGGUACCAUAACUAUCAUUUGGAGACCUUUUUACAUAAAAUAUUUGUUCAUAUAGUAUGUUAGUAUUAUAAGUGUUCCACACAUUGUAUUGAAUGUAAUUCAUACCCACAAAUUGCAGGGCUUGUGAUUGAAGAAAUCCAUAUCAUUUUUCUACAGUGUGAACAGAAUGAGAGAAAUUUAAGUGUGAAGUUGUUUAAAUUUAUUUGGAAAUGAUUACCAUAUGCAACUGCUUCAUGAUCAAUCUUUAUGAUGUAUAUCAACACUUUGUGAUUAUUACCCAGAGCAUUUCACUGUUGUUUCCGUGGUUACACAAACACAUCAGGCAAUGUUCAAUGCAAUUGCAACCUGGUUAAAGUUAAACAUUUUUUAAAGCCUUAAUAAUGUAAAAUUCCAAGGCAAACUGGACUUUGUUCAAAAUCGACCAAAAUGUUCAGGAAUUGUUUGAUGUUUUUAAGUUGCUGUUUAGAUUUUUUUUUUUAAAGCUUAAAUAAAAAAAAUAUACCAGGUUGCAAAAUUAUUAUGUUGUGAUAAAAAUAAUGAAAUAAUAAUUUGUUUACAAAUUAUGUAUAUUGAGUAUAUUUUUAAUAUUAAUAUGUUUACCAUAAGAAGUGAUUUUCUUGUUUAGUUUAUGUUACCUUUACUUACUUUUGUGGAAUUUUACUGUACCGUAAAUUGUUAUAAAAAGCUAUUUUGAGCAUGUUAAUUUUACCUGAAAACUUGCAUACUAUUGUAUUAAAAGUGAAAAAGUGAUGUUGAAAUGAGAGCAUUUGAUUUACUACAAAUUAAUAUGAGCUUAGCUCUGGGAAUAUGAGACCAAAUACCUGUGCGUAAAGUAUUGACCUAUAUUAGCCUGUGCAGUCCACAGUGGGUGCAGGCUAAAGUGUUCCCAGAUCGCAGCUCAUAUACUGGUAUAAAAUUAACAAAAAAAAAACAACACUUUAUCAUCAGUGAUAUUGAUGCUUUUCUUUUUUGUUCCAUCAGUCAUUUGAUGUAUAAUUUGUUAAUUGUUUUGAUUGCAUGAUAUUCAACUGGUAAUUGUUUUUUACAUCUUACCAAGCAACAAUUAAUUAAGUGCAAUCGCAAUGCCUCACAACUUGAGAUUUUUUGCAGUCCCAUCGAUUUUCAUGUUAUGAGAUGCUCUUUUCAUGGUCACCUAAUUAAAUGUUUGAAGGCAAGAAUUCAGUAAAGAAGACAUAAAACCGAUGACUUAAUUGCUACAAUAAUCAAUACCAAGUGAAUGCUAAUACUUUUACAGUACUGUAUAGCCUGAGAAGGUUUGCAUGUUGUUUUAAAAUUAUAUUUCUACAAUAUGUGUUACCUGUUUUUCCUUGUUUAUGGAUGGUUGUUUAGUGUUUUGAAACACGCUCUGGUAACACGAGCCCUUUUUUCACAGAGCGCUGCUCGUUUGUAAGCGAAAAAUGGAGAAAAUGUUUUGUGGUACAUGUUGAUAGCACGUUCAUGUUGGUGUUAUUGAUAAAUGGGGCACAUGGUCUGUGCUAUUUGUUCAGCAGAAGGAAUCUCAUAUUUAUGUUACUCUGUAUCAUAUUUAGCGUUCCCUGCUUUGGAGUCGUUUGUGUUUGCAUCUGUAUGAACUAACUUUCAGUAGACAUAUAUUGGUAUACUGAUUUUCCUGAAAAUUUGUUUGUGCGUUUGUUGGACAGUGCCUGUGAGGGACAAGAUCUUGUUAUCAUUGAAGAAUUAGUAUGGAGUCUUUUAUUUCAUUAAUAACUGUAUCUACUUUAUUAUUUAUUAAGAUUCUUUGAUGUAUUUAUUUGCAAUCAAAUGCAGAACAUCGUUUAAUCCAAGGCUUUUGUAUAAAAAAAAGAUGUGAGAAGAGCCUUUUUUCUAAGAAUGGCUGUUUUUUAUAUAAACUUUUUUAUUUAGACACAACGCAUGAUAAAUAUUCUUAAAAUUAAUUUUGACAAGUAAAAUUGCCAAAAGUGUUGGGGAAUUGGGGAACUUUAUAGCCUUUUUAUGUGAAAACUGACCUUAAUGCAUGUGUGUGCAUUGUUAUCUCAGGUUAGGCUGUGCAGUCUGCCUUUACUGGAUUUUUCCUACGAAGAGACUUCCUUUACAUGAAAAAUACCAUUAAAACAGAAUGUCUCGUCCCUGAUUAGCAUGUGCAGACUGCGCAGGCCUUUUUGAGACCAUACUUUUAGUCCAGUUUUCCCAGAACAAGGCUCAUUUUUACUCUGAUCAUUCUGUAAAAAAGUAAGCAAAGUGUGAUUAAAAAACUUGUUAGGAGACAGGAGAACACCAUGUAUGUAAAUAGUUAAUAGAGUUGGUUUAAGCUAUGAUUUCUGUUUUCUGUUAACUGUUAUGGUUUCCAGUUACUUUAAUUGUUUAUUAUUAUAUAAGCACUGUAAUCGGAUAUCUGUCCGGGUUUUCAAAAUUCCAUUUAGCUAUUGUUAUGUUUGGUGUAUAAAGAAGAAUUUGUUGCAUAAAAAAGACUCGUAUUCACAACAUUUAGGUGUUCAAACACAAAAUGAUGGAACGCAUUGUUAAAUUGUCUGAUGGAAAGUCUUUGCAAGUUAUCAGAUUUUUUAUUGAAAUGAUUGUUUACCAUUGAUCCCCCUUGCAGUCCAUUAUUUUUCUUUUGAGGAAUAAAACAACAUCAAACACACAAUAAAUACUCAAAGCAGUUAUCAUUAAAGCACAUACUUAUUGUUUUAAUACAUUUUUAUGGUAUUUUCAUAAUUUAUUUGUUGUUUGCAAUUGUUAACAUAAUUCUUUGAAAUGUCACUUUUCUGUUCAUCUUUUCAUUAAUCAUAUACAUUUAUUUUUGGAUUUUUAAUCAUAUAGUGAGAUUUUUAUGUGGUUAUGUUUCAUGUUAUAACUUAGAAUAUAGUUUGUAUGUAUUACUUGUUAUAUUACCUGUAACACUGGUAUAAAUCAUUUUUGUAAACCUUAUAUUGCUUUCCACCAAUUACUGCAGGUACCAAAUACUUAUUUUGAUUCUUUAUUCAUUUUGCAGUCAGCAUGUCUGUAUACAUGUAUUAGCAUUCACUACUGUUAUUCUGUACGCCAAUAUUUUACCUGUAUUGUCAUGUUCUGUAAAGACUUCAUUUCACAACCUGUACCGUACAAUAUUUACAGUAGUGUCACAUAUAACAGAUUUGCUUUACAAAGUGUGUUUAUGUUAGUGCGUUUGGGAAAUAAAAAACACUUCUAAUGAUUGCAGUUGAAGAACAUUUUGGACAAGUUUGCCUCUCCAAGAUUAAAUGUCAAGUUUGCUCAUGCCCUUAUCACAUUACUUGUUGUUCAAAUACUUCAGAAUACUGCCGUUGAUAUUGAUUUAAUUAUAAAUUUAUAAAAGCUAGUUAUGGUUUUAAUUUAGCACUUUUUUAUCUUUUGUUUCUUUGAUGUGGUUGGCCAAAAAUAAUGAUCAACAAACUACCAUACAACUUCUAAUAACCAAUGAUGUUAGGACAAAUUUUGGGGUGUUCUUAGUCCAAAUGUUCCAACUGUUGUGUAAUGACUGUUGGGCAAAUUCUAAAUUGACUAUUAUCAGAUUCCCUCGAAUGUAUGACGAUGUUGCAUGGCAUGCUCAAAUCACAUUUGAUCAUUAAUUCACAUUUGUUUUUUUUGUAACUUUCAUUUCAAUGCUUUGAUUACAACGCCUAAGAAUUGCUGUGAUGCUUAUACAUGAUUUCCAAAGCUUUUGUCAUCAUAUUUUUUGCCAAAUGAUAAUCAUUCCCAAUUAUUCAUUCCCAAUUUUUCCUAACACGAUGCACGCAAGUCAUGUGUAGUGUUUGCAUUUUUCCCUUCCUUAGUUGAUUGUAUGUUUGCACUUUAGUAUGCAGUGAACAAAUUGUUUAUAUUUAUAUGUUUACACUGUACUUUCUAUUUCUACAAAUAAAUUGUUUCGGUUUAUUUCUUGUUCUAAUAAACUUGAAACGUGA